AUGCCAAAUUCCUUACCCUCGCCGCUGAGACCGGAAACAUUACAUGAAGCGACGUCGAUAAACAUGGACAGGAUCACACAAUUACAACAAUCGAUUGAUAGGGAUCCUCAAAAGUUUAAGAGCGAACAACAAGAGAUCGUUCAUGACAUCUGCACUAAUGCGAAACAAAUAGAAUUGUUGAUCGCUGCUCUACCUGGCAUAAACCGCUCCGAAUCAGAACAGAUCGCAACGUUUAAGGCUUUAGAACAAGAAUUACAGGAAGCAAAUGAAGAAUAUCAGAGAUCAAUUCAAAAUGCAGAAUCAUUAUUGAAACAAAUCUUGGAUACCAUAAGUAUUAUAGCCAAAGAUCAAAGCUCAUCGACUUUUGAAUGA